AGGUUAAACAUAAAUCGGAAAGAUGCUUCCUUAACGACCUCCCCCCAGUUGUACCAAUAAAAUCAUAUCCGAUCGUCGUCGUUAUGGAUAAACUCACUACAAUCAGUGCUGCCCUGUUCGUGGCUGCCGAUGUGUGCGCGGUAGUGAGUCUCGCAAUGCCGGAUUGGAUUGUGACCAGCGUAGGAGGAGAAACGCGACUGGGAUUGAUGUGGACGUGCAUGACGCUGUACAAUCGGCCCCAAAUAUGUUUCACGCCGGAACUGCAACCCGAGUGGCUCAUCGCGCUGAUAUGUAUCUUUGUGGGUUGCAUCUGCAUUACAACCACCAUCAUUCUGCUGAUCUUGAGCAAUUGGGAUCGGAACGUGAUCCCGUACGCACGAUGGGUUGGCUUUACUGCCAUGGUUCUGUUUUGCCUAGCGGCGGUCAUAUUUCCGCUCGGAUUUCAUGUCGACGAAAUUGGUGGCCAACCGUACCAUCUGCCCCACUCGCACCAGGUCGGAAUCUCGUACAUCCUUUUCGUCUUAUCCCUCUGGAUCACCGUGGUUUCAGAGCUGUUUGCCGAAAAGGUUUGCUUGCCGCAGUUUUAGGUGCGCCCGCACAUUGUCCAGUAUUCACACACAUACGCCCUGCAAAUGUACUCUAAACAGAGGAAUCGAUUGACAGUAAUUCUUCAUUUCCUAGUGACGGAAUUGAGCGAUAGGGUUAAAAGAAUGAAGUGAAACUCCGUAUUACCAACCAAAAGAUAUAAGGUACUUUUAGUGUGUGUAGGUGGA